AUGGCGGGCGGAUUCGACCUUCUCUCUCCUCAGGAGGUCUGUGGCAGUCCAUCUCCGAAGGAGUGUGUCCCAGGGUUUUCCACGGGCCCGCCGCCCGCGCUAUUUCAUGUUCCUGUGUUGGACCUCUACGACGACGAGAAGCCGUUCGUGCUGCUGUACGAUGUCGAGGACCACGACGAGGACCGGCGGAUGACGAACUUGGUGUUUGAGCCGGUGGAGAAGGAGGUCAAGGACAUCCGGGACUCGGAUAGGGCGUUUACGUUGAAUGAGAACGGGUUCACGAUUGUGAGGCAGCGGAGCGAGUUGGAGGGGUUCACCGAGAGGGAGGUGGUGGAAGACAGGUGUCUACCCGAGAUGGAGAGGAUGUUGAGGGAGGUGGUUGAAGAUUUCGAGAGAGUGGUUUGGUUUGAUUGGCGGGCGAUGCGCAGCCGCCGUCCAAAUCCGCGGCUGGCGGCCACGGCGACGAGGAAGACGAAGGGCUUCUUUGAUCUCAACGACUACACCGAACCGCUUCUGCCCGCGACAUACUGUCAUAUCGACCAAAGUCCAUCAGCGGUGUUGUCGCGAGUUCAGUUACAGUUGAGCGACGAGGCCGAAGAGCUCUUGCAGCGCAGGGUGCGCAUCAUCAACGCGUGGCGCCCCCACGGCAAUGUCGUCGAAGACUACCCUCUGGCCCUCUGCGACGCCGGCACCGCCUCGCCCGCCGAUUUCCUGGAAGCGGACAACGUCCGGCGGCAUUACACGGGGGCAACGCGGUACGGGAUGGACGGCAGGACCCAUCAGUGGUACUAUCUCAGCCAGCAUAGUCCCGAGGAGGUGCUGUUGUUCAAGACCUUGGACUCCGGCGAGUCCGUGGCGGCGAGAUUUUGUCCUCAUGCGGAGAUCAAAAUCCCCGGCGUGUCUCCUGGUGUGCCGUCCCGAAAACGCAUCGAGCUUCGAGCCUUGGUAUUUUCGGCGCACUGAUGAGGACUGGUAUGGAUGAAGUAUAUCAAGACAAAAAAAUGGAUUCGUUUGCCCGCAAAACGGAGUCUCGUUGCAGCCUGUGUGAGACGGAUUUGUGUAAGGAAAAUGCAAGGCGGGGCGAUAAGAAGAGAGAGAGAGUAUCAAGAGUGUUUGGGUAUUCCUUGACAUCGAAGUCGC